AUGCGUAUUUCUACUACACCACUGUGGAUCUGGCCCCUGGCUGCCGCCCCUCUUGUUGCAGGAUUCACAGAACAUAGCCAUUCGAAGCAUGCGGCUAUGCACAAGAGAUGUCCAUAUGCCAAUGGCCAUCAACAAGACGUGCCAAGAUACGAUAAAGGCCUUCUUGCGGAGUUAUUGAAGUCUCCCGUUGAUGUCACUGGAGAGCACGCAUUUCAACCUCCGGAUUUUGAAAAUGGCGACCAAAGAGGUCCUUGCCCGGGCUUGAAUGCGCUGGCAAAUCAUGGCUAUAUCCCACGUAACGGCGUGGUUUCGUUCGGGGGUGCGAUCACGGCCAUCAACAAAGUGUAUGGUAUGGGCGUUGACCUUGCUACUGUCCUUGCUCUCAUGGGCACAGUUUGGACUGGGAAUCCGCUGUCUCUAGACCCAAGCUUCUCCAUCGGAGGCCGUGACAUUGGUGUAAACAACUUGCUGGGAAACCUAGGAGGACUACUGGGUGAUCCCCAGGGCCUCAUCGGCUCUCACAACUUCAUCGAGUCGGACUCCUCCAACACUCGCGACGACAUUUACGUCACGGGCAAUAACCAUAAACUGAACAUGGACAAUUUCAUGUCAUGGUACAACAUGUCCACUGAUGGGACGUUCGACAUGGACCUCAUGGCGAAGCGCGCAAAGUUACGUUUCGACGAGACCGUCCAAAGCAAUCCGAACUUCUACUACGGCCCUGUAACCGGCCUGAUUGCGCGCAACGCAGGGUAUAUCUUCCCCGCGCGGUUGUUCCGGAAUUAUUCUCAAGAUGAGCCGAACGGCGUUCUGACCAAGGAGCAUAUUCGGAUCUUCUACGGAAUCUAUGGAGAGGAAGGUAACUUCACCUACAGGGAAGGAUGGGAGCGAAUCCCAGACAACUGGUACAAGACUCCAGUUGACUUUGGCCUUGUCCAAUUGAACCUGGAUAUAAUUGACUGGCUGUCGAAGUACCCCGAGCUCGGAAGCAUUGGAGGCAACACAGGAACCGUGAAUAGUUUUGCUGGUGUUGAUCUCGGAAAUUUGACAGGCGGUGUCUUCAACCUGGGUAACCUUCUUGAGGGAAACAAUCUAUUGUGCUUGGCGUUCGAGGUGCUGAAAUUUGCUGGUCCUAAUGCGCUAUCUGGACUUUUCAAGAGCGUUGCAGAGCCGCUGGAAUUUAUCACGAAUGCACUCUCCGUGCCUUUGCUGAAUGUCACUUGUCCGGCGUUCAAGGAUCUGCAAAUGGGUGGCAAGCCCUUCUGGGAGGUUAUGCAGAAUGACUUCCCCGGUGCAAUGAAGAGCGGUGGUGCUUUCUAG